CACUUCUCAGGAAAAAGAGAUCACCACAGUCAUGAAGCAAACCCUUUUCGUCGUUCUCCUCGGUGCCGCUGCCGUCUUGGCCCAAGGCGAGGCACCUCCUGCCGACAACCCUCCUGCCGCAGCCACCACCACCACCACCACCACCACCACCACUACUACUACUACUACUACUACCACCGCAGCUAGCGCACCUACUCCUUCGACUGUUCCUCGCGGAAGAUCAUGCAGUGUGGUCCGAAGCGACACUGACGGUGUGACAUCAAUUACCAAAUGCGGUGCUGGAUUAGUCUGCAGUGGCUUUGGUCCUGGCAUUGCGUCUGCUGGCGGAAGACCUGUGGUCCUUCUGAACUCUUGGAGCGGUGUCUGCCUUUCUCCUGACGAGGUUUAAACCCCAUUCCAAUCGAAUUUCGUAUAAACGAUACGAUUAUAUAGCAGCCAGAUGGUUUUCCUAUAAGCUUUUAUCCAAAAGAAAUACAAUAAAUUAUCAAAGUGGUUUCCUCCUACAAUAACACCCCAUUGCUCGUGUAGUAUGACACACCUUGUAACAAAAAAUUAAUAUGAUGUCAAGGCUAAAUUGAAUGUC